GUCGCAUCAAGCCCACCUUCGGGAUCGCGUCCGCCCACCCCGAGGCUCGAGUGCAGGCAGCUGUGUUGGUGCGCUCCAGCGGCGUCCUCCUGCGGACCAUGUGUGAGUGUCUCCGUGGAAUAUUCAGAGUCACCUGGACACCUUCCUCUGAUGCAGACUCUGACAGAGAAGAGGACGGCCAUGUUUACAGCACGAGCAGAGAUCAAGCUGUAAAAGAUAAGAGGCGGUCUCCCCCCACUGGCCCGCAUCGCAACGCUCACCACAGCGGCUCUGCGGAGGACCACGAGAGUCCAGAGAGAGUGGAGCAGAAGGAGAAGCUCCAUGCGGAGUUGAAGCAGGUGCUGAGUCAGAAGAGAAGUCACCUGAGAGAGUCCGCCUGUCAACUGGCGCAGCCAGUGAUGGAUCCACAACCUGGCAGCGAGCCCACCGUUGAGGCGGAAGCCUCCAAGCCGCAGGAGAUCGUGGUGGAGACGGAGGCCGAGGCCGGAGCCAGCGGCUACAGCGUGACGGGCGGAGGACAGCAAGGAAUCUUCGUUAAAGACGUCCUCAAAGACUCGCCGGCCGCCAAACAUCUCAGUUUGCAGCAAGGUGACCAGCUGCUGAGCGCCAAAGUGUACUUUGACAACGUGAGGUAUGAAGACGCUCUGAAGAUCCUCCAGUGUGCCGAGCCCUACAAGGUCAGCUUCCUGGUUAAGAGGACCGUCCCAGAAGCAGACAUCAUUGUGAGAACUGGAGUGCCCAUCGUGGAGGUCAAAGGUCCCAAAGCCAAGAUGGCCAAAAUGAGCGUGAAGGGCACCAAGGCAUUCAAGGCCAAGAAGAAGCGAGGUGGCCGCUUCGGUCUGAAGAGGCUGAAGGAGAAGCGUCGAGAGGAGCUGGUCAUCGAGGGAACGCCACCCAGGCUGGAGAUAAGUGACGUGGAGUUUGCCCUCCCUAUAUUCCAACACAGAAAGGGCGGCCACCUGGACGAGGCAGAAGGUGGCGCUGCAGUGAAGGGAAAGAGGAAAAUCAGGUUUCCUCGCAUUAAGACAAAAAGUCACACUGGAGGAAAAGAGGACACUGGACGGCUGGAGGGAGCUGAGAUUCCUGGAGCUAAAGUAAAGAGCAAAGCAAAAGGUCACACAUUUGGAAUUAGCUUUCCAAAGACCAAGUCUGGAUCUGUGGAACUGAAGAAGCCAGACACGAACAUCCAUCCUCCAUCGGUGGAGUUUAGUCUGUCUGCUGGUCAAGAGAAGAAAGGGGCGAUAUUUACUUCCCCUGAUGUAGAAUUUGCUCUUCCUUCCGGCAAAGCUGAGGCUUCUUUGCCCACCAGGAAGGGAAAACUGGAAAUUAAAGCUCGAAAAGGGAAGGUCGGAGGACUAGAAGCUGAAGCCACUCAGGGAAAAGUUGAAGUAGGGUCAGGAAAAGGAGACGGUAAACUUAGAAUGCCAAAGAUAAAACUUCCCAAAGUGAGACUCUCACGUCAUUUGGAUGACAGCGAUGAUGGUGUCAAGGUAAAAGUUCCUCAAGGAGACAUUAAGGUAGAAAUGAAAGCAGGAAGUGGGAUAGAAGGACAUGUCAACAAACCAAAGAUACAAGCAGACCUUCCUUCAAUGAACAUGCCUUCCGUGGAUAUUUCUUUACCUAAAGUCAAAGGAAAAGCUGGCAUGGACAUCUCAGUGCCUGACCUGGAGCUGGAUGUUGGCAGACUUCCUGAUGAGGUAGAGGGCACUUUUAAAGGACCGCAAAUUGCCAUGCCCACACUUGAUGUCUCUUUAUCAAAGAUGGGAUCCUCUGAUGGGAAAGUUAAAGGUUCACAAAGUGCAGGGAAGUUCAGUCUGCCUUCUGUAGACGUCUCCCCACCCAAAGUAAAAGCUGAGACUCGAGACAUAGACAUGGACGUUUACAUUGGUGGAGAUGGGAAGUUCAGACUGCCUAAUUUUAACGUAUCCCUGCCAAACGUCAAACCACAUGAAGGAGAGGUUUAUCUCAAAGGAGCAGAUGUUGAAGGAGGGUUUAAAUUACCCACUGUGGACCUGACUCUUCCCAAAAGCAAAGACCUGGACAUUGACCUUCCCAAAGCUGAAGGAGACUUGGAUAUUGAUGGUUUUAAAGUCAAAGGAGGAACAUUUAAAAUGCCAACAGUGGAUGUUUCGUUGCCAAAAGUAAAUCUUCCAGAAGGUGGUGUUCAAUUAAAAGGUCCAGAACUCAAGGGGGGAAAGCUGGAAAUGUCAGGGGUUGAUGUCUCACUUCCCAAAGGAAAGGUUGAGGGUGACUUUGAUAUUGAAGUUCCUAAGUUCAAAGGAGGAAAGUUUAAAAUGCCAACAUUGGAUGUUUCUUCACCAAAAAUUAAUCUUCCAGAGGGUGGCAUCAAACUAAAAGGUCCAGACUUUGGAGGAAAAAUGGAAAUGCCAGAUGUUGAUGUUUCACUUCCUAAAGGAAAAGUUGAAGGUGACCUUGAUAUUGAAGGUCCAGAGAUGAGGGGAGGAAAGUUUAAAAUGCCAAAGUUUGAUGUUUCUUUACCAAAAGUCAGUCUUCCAGAAGGUGGCAUCAAACUAAAAGGUCCAGACUUUGGAGGAAAGAUGGAAAUGCCAGGUGUUGAUGUAUCACUUCCUAAAGGAAAACUUGAAGCUGACCUUGAUGUUGAGGGUCCAGAGAUGAAGGGAGGAAAGUUUAAAAUGCCAAAGUUUGAUGUGUCUUUACCAAAAGUCAGUCUUCCAGAAGGUGGCAUCAAACUAAAAGGUCCAGACUUUGGAGGAAAAAUGGAAAUGCCAGAUGUUGAUGUUUCACUUCCUAAAGGAAAGGUUGAAGGUGACCUUGAUAUUGAAGGUCCAGAGAUGAAGGGAGGAAAGUUUAAAAUGCCAAAGUUCGACGUUUCUUUACCAAAAGUCAGUCUUCCAGAAGGUGGCAUCAAACUAAAAGGUCCAGACUUUGGAGGAAAGAUGGAAAUGCCAGGUGUUGAUGUAUCACUUCCUAAAGGAAAACUUGAAGCUGACCUUGAUGUUGAGGGUCCAGAGGUGAAGGGAGGAAAGUUUAAAAUGCCAAAAUUUGAUGUUUCUUUACCAAAAGUCAGACUUCCAGAAGGUGGCAUCAAACUAAAAGGUCCAGACUUUGGAGGAAAAAUGGAAAUGCCAGAUGUUGAUGUUUCACUUCCUAAAGGAAAGGUUGAAGGUGACCUUGAUAUUGAAGGUCCAGAGAUGAAGGGAGGAAAGUUUAAAAUGCCAAAGUUUGACGUUUCUUUACCAAAAGUCAGUCUUCCGGAAGGUGGCAUCAAACUAAAAGGUCCAGACUUUGGAGGAAAAAUGGAAAUGCCAGAUGUUGAUGUUUCACUUCCUAAAGGAAAACUUGAAGCUGACCUUGAUGUUGAGGGUCCAGAGAUGAAGGGAGGAAAGUUUAGAAUGCUAAAGUUUGAUGUUUCUUUACCAAAAGUCAGUCUUCCAGAAGGUGGCAUCAAACUAAAAGGUCCAGACUUUGGAGGAAAAAUGGAAAUGCCAGAUGUAGAUGUUUCACUUCCUAAAGGAAAAGUUAAAGGUGACCUUAAUGUUGAGGGUCCAAAGAUGAAGGGAAGAAAGUUCAAAAUGCCGACGUUUGAUGUUUCUUUACCAAAAGUCAGUCCUCCAGAAGGUGGCAUCAAACUAAAAGGUCCAGACUUUGGAGGAAAGAUGGAAUUGCCAGAUGUUGAUGUUUCACUUCCUAAAGGAAAAGUUGAGGGUGACCUUGAUAUCGAAGGUCCAGAGAUGAAGGGAGGAAAGUUUAAAAUGCCACAGUUUGAUGUUUCUUUACCAAAAGUCAGACUUCCAGAAGGUGGCAUCAAACUAAAAGGUCCAGACUUUGGAGGAAAAAUGGAAAUGCCAGAUGUUGAUGUUUCACUUCCUAAAGGAAAAGUUGAAGGUGACUUUGAUAUUGAAGGUCCAGAUAUGAAGGGAGGAAAGUUUAAAAUGGCAAAGUUUGAUGUGUCUUUACCAAAAGUCAGUCUUCCAGAGGGUGGCAUCAAACUAAAAGGUCCAGACUUUGGAGGAAAGAUGGAAAUGCCAGAUGUUGAUGUUUCACUUCCUAAAGGAAAAGUUGAAGGUGACUUUGAUAUUGAAGGUCCAGAUAUGAAGGGAGGAAAGUUUGAAAUGCCAAAGUUUGAUGUGUCUUUACCAAAAGUCAGUCUUCCAGAGGGUGGCAUCAAACUAAAAGGUCCAGACUUUGGAGGAAAAAUGGAAAUGCCAGAUGUUGAUGUUUCACUUCCUAAAGGAAAGGUUGAAGGUGACCUUGAUAUUGAAGGUCCAGAGAUGAAGGGAGGAAAGUUUAAAAUGCCAAAGUUCGACGUUUCUUUACCAAAAGUCAGUCUUCCAGAAGGUGGCAUCAAACUAAAAGGUCCAGACUUUGGAGGAAAAAUGGAAAUGCCAGACGUUGAUGUUUCACUUCCUAAAGGAAAACUUGAAGCUGACCUUGAUGUUGAGGGUCCAGAGAUGAAGGGAGGAAAGUUUAAAAUGCCAAAGUUUGAUGUUUCUUUACCAAAAGUCAGUCUUCCAGAAGGUGGCAUCAAACUAAAAGGUCCAGACUUUGGAGGAAAAAUGGAAAUGCCAGAUGUUGAUGUUUCAUUUCCUAAAGGAAAUGCUGAAGGAGACCUUGCUAUUGAAGGCCCUGAUCUCAAAGGAGGAAAGUUAAAAAUGCCAAAAAUGGAUGUAUCUUUACCAAAAGUUAAUCUUCCAGAAGGUGGCAUCAAACUAAAAGGUCCUGAUUUUGAGGGAAGUACGAUUGAAAUGCCAACAUUUGAUGUUUCUUUGCCAAACGUCAAUAUUCCAGAGGGUGGAGUCAAAGUAAAAAGUCACAAACUCAAAGCAGGAAUUAUGGAAAUACCAGAUGUUGAUGUUUCACUUCCCAAAGGAAAAGCAGGAGGAAAAAUGGCAAUUGAAGGACAUGUUGGCAAAGGAGGAAAGUUCCAUAUGCCCUCUGUUGAUAUUUCUUUUCCUAAAAUGAAAACGAAAGGUCCUGGGAUAAACAUUGAGGGUCCUGACAUGAAAAGUGGAACGGUCUCCAUACCAAGAGUUGAUGUUUCACUUCCCAAAGUUGAAGGAGACCUGAAUAUUGACGGUCCUGAUAUCAAAGAAGGGAAAAUCAAAAUGCCAAAGGUUGAUGUUUCUUUACCAAAAGUCAAUCUUCCAGAGGGUGGCAUUAAACUAAAAAGUCCAGAUGUCAAGGGAGGAAAGAUAGGAAUGCCAGAUGUUGAUGUUUCACUUCCUAAAGGAACAGUUGAAGGUGACCUGGAUAUUGAAGGUCCUGUUGUAAGACCAAAGUUCAGCCUUCCAGAGGGUGGUAUCAAACUGAAAGGUCCAGAGUUCAGUAAUGUAAAUAUUGAGAUGCCUGAUUUAGAUAUUUCACUUCCUAAAGGAAAAGUUAAGGCAGGUGUUGAUCAUGAAGGUCUUGAUAUUAAAGGAAGAAAGUACAAAAUGCCAACGAUUGAUGUUUCCUUGCCAAAAGUAAAUCUUCCAGAGGGUGGUGUUAAAAUAAGAGGUCCUGACGUUGGAGGAAGGAUAGAAAUGCCAGAUGUUGAUGUAUCACUUCCUAAAGGAAAAGCAGAAGGAGAAAUAGGAGUUGAAGGACAUGUUGGCAAAGGAGGAAAGUUCCAUAUGCCCUCUGUUGAUAUUUCUCUUCCUAAAAUGAAAACAAAAGGUCAUGAGAUAAAUAUUGAAGGUCCUGACAUGAAAGGUGAAAAGGUCUCCAUACCAAGUGUUGAUGUUUCACUUCCCAAAGUUGAAGGAGACUUGGAUAUUGAAGGUCCUGGCAUCAAAGGAGGAAAGUUCAAAAUGCCAACAUUUGAUGUUUCUUUACCAAAAGUCAAUCUUCCAGAAGGUGGUAUCAAACUAAAAGGUCCAGACCUUAAAGGAGGAACAAUGGAAAUGCCAGAUGUUGAUGUUUCACUUCCCAAAGGAAAAGUUGAAGGAAACUUUGGCAUUGACAGUCCUGACGUCAAAGGAGGGAAGUUCAAAAUGCCAACAUUAGAUGUUUCUAUACCAAAAGUCAAUCUCCCAAAGUUUGAUGCAAGUUUGGAAGGACCAAAUAUCAAAGGAAAACUUGAAAUACCAAGUGUGGAUAUUUCACCGCCAAAAGGAAAAGUUGAAGCUGACCUUGAUGUUGACGGUCCAGAAAUGAAAGGAGGAAAGGCCAAAAUGCCCAAAUUGGAUGUUUCUUUGCCAAAAGUCAAUCUUCCAGAGGGUGGCGUCAAACUGAAAGGUCCAGGGUUCACUGGGGCAAAGAUUGAGAUGCCUAAUUUAGAUAUUAACCUUCCCAAAGGAAAGGUUGAGGGAGGUGUUGAUUUUGACGGUCUGGAUGUCAAAGGAGGAAAGUUCAAAAUGCCCACGUUAGAUGUUUCUUUGCCAAAAGUAAAUCUUCCAGAACAUGGGAUUAAACUAAAAGGUCCAGAACUCCAAGGAGGAAAUGUGGAAAUACCAUACGUUGAUGUCUCACUCCCUAAAGGAAAAGCAGGAGGUGAUGUAGGAACUGAAGGACAUGUUGGCAAAGGAGGAAAGUUUCAUAUGCCCUCUGUUGAUAUUUCUCUUCCUAAAAUUAAAACAAAAGGUCCUGAGAUAAGCAUUGAAGGUCCUGACAUGAAAGGUGGAAAGGUCUCCAUGCCAAGUGUUGAUGUUUCACUUCCCAAAGUUGAAGGAGACCUGAAUAUUGAAGGUCCUGAUAACAAAGGAGGAAAAUUCAAAAUGUCAACGUUUGAUGUUUCUUUACCAAAAGUCAAUCUUCCAGCAGGAGGUAUUGAACUAAAAGGUCCAGAAAUCAAGAGAGGUAAUGUGGAAAUGCCGGAUGUUGAUGUUUCACUCCCCAAAGGACAAGUGGAAGGAAACUUUGACAUUGAAGGGCCCGACAUCAAAGGAGGGAAGUUCAAAAUGCCAACGCUCGAUGUUUCUUUACCAAAAGUCAAUCUCCCAAAGUUUGAGCCGAGAGUGGAAGGACCAAAUAUCAGAGGAAAAAUUGAAAUGCCAAGUGUUGAUAUUUCACUACCAAAGGGGAAAGUUGAAGCUGACCUUGAUGUUGAGGGUCCAGAAAUAAAGGGAGGAAAGUUCAAAAUGCCAACAUUUGAUGUUUCUUUGCCAAAAACCAAUCUUCCUGAGGGUGGCAUCAAACUGAAAGGUCCAGGGUUUAGUGGGGCAAAGAUUGAGAUGCCUGAUUUAGAUAUUUCCCUUCCCAAGGAAAGGGUUGGUGGAGGUGUGGAUCUUGACGGUCCGGAUGUCAAAGGAGGAAAGUUCAAAAUGCCCACGUUAGAUGUGUCCUUACCAAAAGUCAGUCUUCCAGAAGGUGGCAUCAAACUAAACGGUCCAGACUUUGGUGGAAAGAUGGAAAUGCCAAAUGUUGAUGUUUCACUUCCUAAAGGAAAAGUUGAAGGACACGUAGAUUUUGAAGGUCCUGAUGUCAAAGGCGGAAAGUUCAAAAUGCCCACGUUAGAUGUUUCCUUACCAAAAGUCAAUCUUCCAGAGGCUGGAAUCAAAAUAAAAAGUCCAGAACUCAAAGGAGGAAAUAUGGAAGUACCAGACGUUGAUGUCUCACUUCCUAAAGGAAAGGCAGGAGGAGAAAUAGGAAUUGAAGGACAUGUUGGCAAAGGAGGAAAGUUCCAUAUGCCCUCUGUUAAUAUGUAUCUUCCUAAAAUAAAAACAAAAGGUUCAGAGAUAAACAUUGAAGGUCCUGACAUGAAAGGUGGAAAAGUCUCCAUGCCAGGUGUUGAUGUUUCCCUUCCAAAAGUUGAAGGAGACCUGGAUAUUGAAGGUCCUGGUAUUAAAGGAGAUACAUUCAAAAUGCCAACAUUUGAUGUUUCUUUGCCAAAAGUCAGUCUUCCAGAGGGUGGCAUCAAACUAAAAGGUCCAGAGUUCAGUGAUGCAAAGAUUGAGAUGCCUGAUUUAGAUAUUUUGCUUUCUAAAGGAAAAGUUGAGACAGGUGUUGAUCUUGAAGGUCCUGAUGUCAAAGGAAGAAAGUUAAAAAUACCAACACUAGAUGUCUCUUUACCAAAAGUCAAUCUCCCAAAGUUGGAUCCCAGUUUGGAAAGAUCAAAUGUUGGCAAAGGAAAAAUGAAUAUGCCAAGUGUGGGUAUUUCACUUCCAAAAGGAAUCGUUGAGGCUGACAUUGAUGUUGAGGGUCCAGAGAUGAAAGGAGGAAAGUUAAAAAUGCCAACAUUUGAUGUUUCUCUGCCAAAGGUCAAUCUUCCACAGGGUGGUGUUAAAAUAAGAGGUCCAGACUUUGAAGGAAAAAUGGAAUUGCCAAAUGCUGAUGUAUCACUUCCCAAAGGAAAAGUAGAGGAAGCAAUAGGAAUUGACAGACAUGUUGGCAAAGAAGGAAGGUUCCAUAUGCCCUCUGUUGAUAUUUCACUUCCUAAAAUGAAGACAAAAGGUCCUGAGAUAAACAUUAAAGGUCCUGACAUGAAAAGUGGAAAUAUCUCCAUGCCAAGUGUUGAUGUUUCCCUUCCCAAAGUUGAAGGAGACCUGGAUAUUAAAGGUCCUAAUGCCAAAGGGAAAAAAGUCAAAAUGGCCACAUUUGAUGUUUCUUUACCAAAAGUCAAUCUUCCAGAGGGUGGUAUCAAACUAAAAGGUCCAGACCUCAAAGGAGGAACAGUGGAAAAAAUGGAUGUUGACGUUUCACUUCCCAAAGGAAAGAUUGAAGGAAACUUUGACAUUGUAGGGCCUGAUGUCAAAGGAGGAAAAUUCAAAAUGCCAACAUUGGAUGUUUCUAUACCAAAAGUCAAUCUCCCAAAGUUUGAUCUCAGUUUGGGAAGACCAGAUAUCCAAGGAAAAAUUGAAAUGCACAGUGUGGAUGUUUCUCUGCCAAAAGCAAAAGUUGAGGCUGACAUUGAUGUUGAGAGUCCAGAGAUGAAGGGAGGAAAGUUCAAAAUGCCAACAUUUGAUGUUUCUUUGCCAAAAGUCAAUCUUCCACACGGUGGUGUUAAAAUAAGAGGUCCAGAUUCUAGAGGAAAGAUGGACAUGCCAGAUGUUGAUGUAUCACUUCCCAAAGGAAAGGCUGAGGGAGAAAUGGUAAUUGAAGGACAUGAUGACAAAGGUGGAAAGUUCCAUAUACCCUCUGUUGAUAUUUAUCUUCCAAAAAAUAAAACAAAAGGUCCUGAAAUAAACAUGGAAGGUCCUGACAUGAAAGGUGGAAAGGUGCCCAUGCCAAGUGUUGAUGUUUCGCUUCCCAAAGUUAAAGGAGACCUGGAUAUUGAAGGACCUGUUAUCAAAGGAGGGAAGUUCAAAAUGCCAGCAUUUGAUGUUUCUUUACCAAAAGUAAAUCUUCCAGAGGGUGGUAUCAAACUGAAAGGUCCAGACCUUAAAGGAGGAACAAUGGAAAUGUCAGAUGUUGAGGUUUCAAUUCCCAAAGGAAAAAUUGAAGAAAACUUUGGUAUUGACAGUCCUGAUGUCAAAGGAGGAAAAUUAAAAAUGCCCGCAUUGGAUGUUUCUCUACCAAAAGUCAAUCUCCCAAAGUUCAAUCCCAGUUUAGAAGGACCAGAUUUCAAAAGAAAAUUUGAAAUGCCAAGUGUUAAUAUUUCACUGCCAAAAGGGAAAGUUGAAGCUGACCUGGAUGUUGUGGGUCCAGAAAUGAAAGAAGGAAAGUACAAAAUGCCAACAAUUGAUGUUUCUUUGCCAAAGGUGAAUCUUCCAGAGAGUGGCGUUAAAAUAAGAGGUCCAGACUUUGGCAGAAAGAUUGAAAUACCAGAUGCUGAUGUUUCACUUCUCAAAGGAAAAGCAGAAGGAGAAAUGGUAAUUGAAGGACAUGUUGACAAAGGAGGAAAGUUCCAUAUGCCCUCUGUUGAUAUUUCUCUUCCUAAAAUGAAAACAAAAGGUCCUGAGAUAAACAUUGAAGGUCCUGACAUGAAAGGUGGAAAGGUCUCCAUGCCAAGUGUUGAUGUUUCCCUUCCCAAAAUUAAAUCUCCAGAAGUGGAUGUCAACUUUGAUGGUGAAGGUGAAAGUGUCAAAAUUUCUGGAAUAAAAGGAGAUAUUCGUCCAGCCACAUUUGACGUAAAAGGUGUGGACAUUAAGACAGGUAACGUAGAAGGUCCAGAUUCAUCUCUUAAACUUCACACAGUUAAAUUGCCAACAGUGGACAUCUCCGCUCCAAAGGUGGAUCUAGACUUUGGCAUCUCCAAACCAAAAGGUGAUGAUGUGGAAGUGGCGCUUCUAAAGGCUGAGGGAAGUCGGCCUUCUUCAGGGGGAAGCUUUGAUUUGCCCAGUGUUUCUCUCAAAGUCCCAAGCUUUUCUUUACCCCGAUUUGGUGGUAAAUCCAAGAGUGGAAAUUUGGAUAUAUCAGGGCAAAGCAGCGAGGGGGAUAUUUCUCUCAAUGCACCCUCCAUGGAGUUGAACUUAGACAAAAACAUAAAGGGGAAAAAAAAUAAACUCAAAAAGCCCUCCUGGGGAACAUCCAAAAUAGAAGCAGAUGUAUCGGUGUCUUGUCCUGAAUUAGAUGUUAACUUAAAAAAGGGGGCAGUUGACCUUCCUCAAUCAAAUGUUCAACUCCCAGAGGCCGACAUGGAAGGUAAAGGUCGAUUUCAUGCACCUGAUGUCACCAUCAAACUACCAAAAUUCUCCAUGCCAGCAUUUGGUUCAAAAGACAUAGAUUUUGGAAAGCCAGGUGGUGACCUUGAAACAAAGGCUAAGGUCAAGGUGCCCUCAGUAGAGCUGUCACUACCAGCCUCCAAAUCACCAGAAACUGAGGUUCUUCUUCCCAAAGCAGAGGUGGAUGUAUCAGACCAUCAUCAUACAAAAAUAAGAUAUGGUCUCAGUCAUGAGAGAGAGGGAGCCAAAUUCAAGAUGCCUGAUGUUGGCAUAUCCUUACCUAAAGGGAAGGCAGGCAACAUUGCAGGAAGUCAUGCUGGAGCUGAAGUUGAAAGGGGGAAGUUCAGAAUCCCUCACAAAGUCAUUCCUGAUGUGGACAUGACACUGCCGAAAGCAAAACCUUUAAAGACUGAAGAAUCAGAAGUUGAAAUCAAGGGAAAGUUAAAAAUACUGCCAGUUGAUGUGUCCCUCCACAAAGCGCCACAUGUUGACAUGCAUGGAGGAAACUUGAAGACACCGCUUGCUGACAUUGACCUACGAGAAGCAAAAAAAGCAAGCACAAAUUUUGAAGUGGACACAAAAGUCAAAUCACCAGACGUGGACAUUGAUCUGCGUCUUGGUAAAGCCAAACAAGACACGGGCAACAAAGACGAAGCUGAUGUGCAUGUUGAGGGAACAGGUCUGAAACUGAAGAUGCCAAGACUUGAUAUCAAAGCUCCUAAAGGAGACCUGGAACUGGAUUUAGGACUUGGCAAAGGAAAGGCCUCAACUGAAGCCAUUGGCAAAGUCAAAGGGCCAAAAGUAAAAGGAACUAAGUUUAAUAUUGGAAUGCCAAAAAAGAAAAACGGUGGUGGUGUAAAGAUAUCCCAAAAUGUUGAGCAGGACAACCACAAUAGACACACAGAAGGUCCAAACAUCAAAAUGGAAGGUGUCACGUUACCAAGUGGCUCAGCCAGUGUGGGGAAAGAAGGAGGAAUAGUUUUACCAAAUAUUCCAGACAUAGACUUUGACAUCGGCACAUCACAGGAUGAAGAGGAAGAAAAGAAGAUCAAAAUCCCAAAAUUUGGUGUUCCGUUACCCGCCAUGUCCUCCCCUGAAGGAAGGAUGGAGUUCUGUGGGCCAGAGAUCAGAUACGAGGGCCCCAAAAUCCCUAAAGUGAAGAAAGCGGUUUUUGUUUUAGCAAAUCCACCACGAACAGAGGACGUUACUCUAUCUACAGGUGACACCAAGCUGAAGAUGUCAAAGAUCCAAACAAAGUCAAUAGAAACUUCUGUCACACAGGGAGGGACUGUUAGAUUUCCUGAAGUGACAGUAAGUCCUGGAAAAUCAUGGUCAGCUGACGUCGCUCUCAAGGCGGAAAAUUCAAGUUCAAGUCCUGACAAGGUAUUUAAAGCGGACACAAGCACCGUGAGCAGCAAGGUCAGACUUCCAAAGGUAGAAUUCACGUCUCCUCACGGCAAGAAGACUGCAGCCGACGCCAACCUGGAAAGAGGAAGCAAAGUUGUUCAACAUUCAUCAACAGGAGAAGUUGAGCAAAACCCUGGAGGAAUGCAGCUAAAACCCCACAAUAUUUCAUUUGAAGGUUUCCAUGAGGACUCUCCAAGGGAACUCGUCUCACUCUCUCGGACAGAGAAGCUGGAAAGAGACAGUUCCCGGUCUCCUUCUGGUUAUACUGUGGAGUUCAGCUCAGCAAAGGUCCAAACUUGGAGCAAGACAGACACCGAAGGAGACUCCCAAGAGGGAGAGUCUUCCCCCUGGUUCAAGGCCCCAAAGUUCACCCUGAAGCCACACUCCACAGGCUUCCUCCAGAUCACGCCAGAGGGGUCUCCUCAGGCGCAGCGCCGAGGAGAGGUGGGGGGCGAGGCCAACGUCUUAGGGUCCUUCUGCCUGCACACGGCAGACAUGGACGUCACCACCCGGGAAGUGUCUUCCGCCGGGGGAGGAGGGGCCGUCACCAUGGUGACCAAGACGUCCAGGAUCACGCGACAAUCCACGCCAGGUGGGACGCGGACGGGCAGCGGAUCGUUGGUGAGCACUCGCCAGCCUUCAGACCUCUGAGAGCAUAAACGUCUUUUUUCAGUAGAGUAAUAUAUAUUUACAUUUUUAUUAUAUUUGUGCCUUUUUGUUACUGCAUCUAAAGGGUGUUAGAAUAGUUGGAGUUAAGAUUUCACACUAAAUGUCAUCAUUUCAUGUCCAUUUACUGCCAGAGGACAAUGUAAAUACAGCAAGCCAUGUAUGGAGCUAACAGUCUUUAUUAGCAUUAUUAGUAUUGUCUCCAAGAGUAGCAGUCACAGUUGCUUUUGUUUGUCUUUGCAAUUUGUUUUUUUAAAGCAUUUAGUUUGUCGAUAAUGUUCAAAUAUUGCUUUUUUUUUCGAUGGAUCACCGUCAUCACUGUAAGCUUCUAGCUGCUGUCGGUCAAACAUUUUGUUCAAACUGCUGCUAUCCUAGUUAUUUUUCAUGCACUACCAUUACAACUCCAGCUCUCAGUUCUCAACAUUU